AUGGAAAAGAAAGUUCCGGUGAAAAAGGCUGGGGAUGAGCCCAGACCGAAAGCCCCUCCUCCUGCGGCCUCCAAGGACGUGUUGCAGAAGCCGAAGGAGCCGAAGGGUUUGAAGAAGGUCCAGGCGAGCAAGUUUGGAGUGUUCGUGGGUCCGAAGAAGAAGACCCUUGGUGGUCCGCCUCGGCCGCCGGCUCCUACGGGUGCCCGACCGAGCGAUGGUGGUCAUCGCCCGAGUGGGAGUCGGCCUAGUGAACCAGGUGGCGGUCGAGGAAGCGACGGGCGUCCUAGUGACGCAAGACCGAGUGAGGGUGGUCGUCCGAGUCAAGGCGGUGGUGGGCGACCAAGUGGUGGGCGACCAAGUGGUGGGCGACCGAGUGAAGGACCUCGGCGAGAGACGGCUGGUGAGGAGCGGGAUAACGCUGAGAAGGGGUCGGGAGAGGCGCGCCCAUCUGAGGGGGACAUGAUGGCUGAGGAGGAGGCUUAUGAGGACUACGUCGGUACGUACAACGUGGUGGCCACGGACCCUUUAGACCGCGAACGUAGGUUGAACACAGAAUGGCUAAGUGCAGGGUUGCCCUUGCACGACUUGCGCGCGGACAGGGAAACUGGAUAUGUCAGUAGGUUGUUGGGUGUGGCAUUGGAGCAUGAAGUGGGUAAGUAUUAUACCGAUUUGGGUAUGCGCGAUUUCCGUCUGAUGUUGGCUCACAUUUUCAAAGAUCUCGGGGUGCCUUACCAUGCGGCCGCAUACCGUCAAGUUCCAGCUGAAAAGUUGGCCACGACUUUGCGGAAGUUGGGGAUUCCCGCACGAUCGGAAUUAAUGAACGCUAUUUGCGAUAACUUGAUCUGGUGCGAAGACAGUUUCGUGAGCUUUGCAAAACUUGUUGAGAUGGCAGGAGACAUGGAGGCGGACUUCAUUGCACCGGAACGCACUGCCAAACGCCUUGAGGCCGAGGCGAAGCGGGUCGUGGACGAGCAGCAGCUACGCUUCGAUCGUGAACGUAAAAAAUUACGGCUCGAACAACAGGCCAGGGAAAGAAUGUAUGUCUACGACCCCCGGCAAGUCGUAAUCGACACCAUUAAACGACCUGAGUACCUAACCCCGGCUACCAUUGGCGUUAUCUCGGCGCUAUAUGACAUGUACAUGAGCGGACGCAUAACCCAAAACGACCUCAUUGCCGGAACGCUUGAAGUUACUGGAGCAAAACAUGCCGAACGCCUCGAAACGGUGCUGGAAACGUACCAUCCCCAAAACGGUCAGCGAGCGGCCCAGGACCUGCGAUUACAAGACGUGCUCGUGGCCGCACUAAAAGACUCCCACGAUGAACCCACCCGCAAAGCACGACCUCAAUAUUCGCGCCCAGCUCUAGGGGCCGUCGUUCAGGGACCUGGCACCAAAUUCCAUACCAAGUGCGUCGAUAACGCCGCCAACAACCCAAAAGAGCCUUACGUCUCUCCCAUCACUCAGCGACCGCUCGACGGCGGCCGGCAGGACAAGUGGAAACCGUCGCCACAUGCCCGCGUUCCCAGCGACGACUGCCUUAACUGGAUCCACAAUGUACUCACCCGCGAAACACCCUUUCCCCAAAUCCCACUUGAACGCGAUAUAAAUCUACUUAAAGAAUUAUGUCUGUGUUUCGCGGACGGAUGGCUGACGACCAACCAUUUCAAACAAAUUUGUGAUUCCUGGAAUCUUCCGGUGAACCAAAACCUAGGAAAAGCUAUUCGGGAUCAUAGCUGCAGAGGCAGGUGUUCUAUACAUACUCUGUGGAAGGGAAUGGUCACCGCUCUCGAGCAACAAGGCUGUCGCCUCUAA